AUGUCAUCUAACCAAUCAACUUCCUCAUCUGGAGCAAGACCUUCGUUCAAGCUGCGAUCUAUAGUUUGGAACUUUUUUAAGUUCCCCAUUGAUGGCUCUAAAACUACUAUUACAUGUCCCGCUUGUAAAUUGGAUCUUAAAUACAGUGGAUCGACAACGGGAAUAUUGCAUCAUUUGACUGCUAGACAUGGCGACGAGUACAAAAAAUUAUUGGAUAAAAAGAAGUCGGGAAAAAUUGCAUUGCAAUCUCGUGAGGAAUCUGAUAUUGAGCUAGCAAAGGCUUUUGCGACAAGUUUGACUCCGUUUCGCUUCGCCGAGAACCCAGAAUUCCGAAAAUUCAUAGAGAAUAAACCAGAUGAUUUUGUAUUGCCAACGGCAAAGAAAGUUAAGAAGAUUAUUGAUGAUUUGGCAGAAGUUCAUAUGGAAACAACAAAAGAUGAAUUGGAAGGAGUCAAUAAUUUCACCAUUCUCACUGACGGAUACUCCGAUUUACGUCGAAACUAUCAUUUUUAUUCUCUGCAUGUAGCCUACAUUAAUGCAACAUUUGAGAAGAAAGUGUUGGUCGUGGAAUGGGUGCAUCGACAGUUCGACGCUAGCAAAGCACAAGGAUAUUCUGGAGACCGUUAUCUGCCAAGAAGGACUUGGAAUACAAAUUAUCUUCAACAACAUGAUACGAGAUAUUUGUAG